AGCAUUACCGGAGGAGGAUUGAUAACCAUCGUCCCGACAGAUUUUGGGCGGACGGUGUGCCACGAUAUAAUACGCACGACGGUGACGACGGCGGCGACGACGACGACGGCGGCGGCGGCCGCCGCGACGGCGGCAACGACGUCGUCGCGCGACGUUGCGUGGAAGAGGGAGGGCCGGCCAGCCGAAGAGGAAGGCAACAGGGUCCGGUAUCGCGCCGGUGGCCUCAGACGACGACGUCGCCGACGGCAGUCGUGCGAGGGUAAAGGCGUCGGCGAGAAGAAGAUGGCUUAUCCGUCCGAAUGCAGCGUGCUGUCGUACGUGAUCGCCCGACAGAUCGACGAUAAGCUCGACUACUGCAAGAGCCUGAUCAACGCCCGAUUCGAGAACUCGGAGAAUCUCUACAGGAAGGAUCUGCUGUCCCAUUACGGAUGCGUCAACGCGAUCGAGUUCUCGAAUCAGGGCGACCUGCUCGUCUCCGGUGGCGAUGACAGAAGGGUCCUACUGUGGAAAGUGGAGCAGGCGAUACGGGGUGUCGGCAAACCCACCGUGAUGAAGGCCCAGCACGUUAGCAAUAUAUUCUGUCUGGGUUACGACAACAGCAAGACCAAGAUAUUCUCAGCGGGGAACGACGAUCAAGUCAUAGUGCACGACUUGGAAACGAGCGACGUGCUCAACUUCUUCCUGCACGAGAAGCCCGUCUACGGUCUGUCCAUACAUCCGCACAAUGAUAACGUCUUCGCCAGCGCCUGCGACGACGGUAGAGUCCUGAUCUACGACAUACGCGGCUCCAGCGCGACGGAGACGUUCUGCCUGGCCCAAUACAAAACCGCCUUCCACUCCGUCAUGUUCAAUCCCGUCGACCCCAGAAUGCUCGCUACCGCCAAUGCCAAGGAAGGCGUCAGUAUGUGGGAUGUGCGCAAGCCUUUGGAGCCUGUGCUGCGCUACGGGAGCGAAACUCCGGCGCAGAGUUGCAUGAACGUCAGAUUCAACGCUCUGGGCAACCGAUUGCUGGCCUUACGGAGAAGACUGCCGCCGGUCCUUUACGCGGUCGAUUCGCCCACGCAUCUGUGCGAGUUCGAUCAUCCGGGCUAUUACAACAGUUGCACCAUGAAAUCGUGCUGCUUCGCCGGGGACAACGACGAAUACGUGCUCUCUGGUUCGGACGACUUCAAUCUGUAUAUGUGGAAGAUCCCGUCGACGGAGGUGAAGUGGGUGGAAUCCGCGCACAUGGUGCUGCGCGGCCACAGAUCGAUCGUCAAUCAGGUUCGAUACAACCAGGCGAGUUGCAUCUUCGCGUCGUCCGGCGUGGAGAAGAUCAUCAAGAUAUGGAGUCCGUUCCCACUCGGGGCCGGCAGUCUGGGAGGACUCAAGAGGGAUGCCGGCAAGCAGGAGAAACAGCGGCGAGUGUACACGCACGACGAGUACAUAGGCCUGGUGUUGCGCAGCGGACAGUUCAUGACGCACGACUACAGUCACCAGUCGACCAGGGAGGACUCGCGCAUGAUGGCCUUCUUCGAUUCUCUGGUGCAGCGUGAAAUCGAAGGCUGGAGCUCCGAGGACGGGCCGACGGCGCCGCAAACCCCGAACGGCGAGCCCGAAAUCAAUCCGGUCACGGGACAACCGUACAGUGAAUCGGACUUCGACGCUGAUUCCACAGCGUCAGAAGCCGGCGUGGCUCCCGAGAGGCCGCUGGGUUCUCCGAAUCGCAUAACUCGGCUCAUCGCAGCCCGCAGAGAGAAGCUGAUGCGAUUGGCCGCGACGGAUUGCGGCACGACGACGUGCAACAACUCGACGAACACGGCCGAGCGCUCGUGUUCCGCCAGCGAGGGGGACAGUGCGCGCGCCAAGUGCAGGUCCAAGUCAAGAUCGAAGCUGAAAGGCGUCAAGAGGAAACACGCCAGGAUAUCCGGCAGGAGGAGCAGAGCGAGGAGAAAGUGUACCGUGUUGAAAAUCAAUAGUGACUCGGACAGUGACGACGAGCAACCCGUUGACGCGGCCCAGCCCAGCACGAGCUCCGGCGUGAUAUCGCGGCGAUCGUCGCGAUACGUCAGCAACGCGAUCGAGAACGACGUCAAACACGCGAAUUACAGCAGCAGCACCACCAGCAGCACCACUACCAGCAGCAGCAGCAGCAGCAGCAGCGGCGGCGGCGGCAGUAGCACAGGUAGCAGCAGCGCCGGCAGUAGCAGCAGUAGCAGCAGCAGCAGCAGCAGUAGUUCCGAGGACAACGACAUCCCCGUGAAACGAAAACAUUCUAAAACCGACUCGGACACGUCGGGCGCGAAGGCGCACCGGAGGAAGCAUCGGGGCAAGUGUAAAAACAAAUCCCGGAGCGAGAGCACCCCCGGCAAGAAGUCGAGCAAACGGGCGAGAUUCGACGAGGACACGGAGGAGGAGUGGUUCGGCUGGAGGAACGGCGGCAAGGCUCGGGAGGACGGACCGUCCACGCCUACGAAGAAGCCCCUUCAGGCCCCUUGCUCCCCCGACAGCGGCAUCAAAUCGGGCGUGUCGACGGGGGAGAAGAGCAGCGGCGGGCAAACGCGCAAGGAACGGGACGCGGACAGUUCGGACCACGAGCAAAAGCUGAAGAGCUUCGAGUGUUUCCGCAAGAAGGUGGACGUGGCGAGGAGGAGCUACCGCAACCGGUCGUCCACUGCCGCCGUCGCGCCUCCGGCCCAUCAAACGACGAUCUCGACCACGUCCGAAACCACGACCGACUCUUCCGAUUGAGCUGCCGAGCUCUCCUCCUCCUCGCAACUCUGCCACACACACACACACACUCAGCCCCUCCUUCCCCAAUUUGUACAUAAUGUAUCUGUGAUUCCUUGAAGUAUAUUUUUAUAACCACUAAGUUGGGUCACACGCGCGAACAUGCGGUCGAUCGUUUUUUUCUUUUUUUUUUUCUCCUACCUUGUUUUAGAUCUUGUCUCGCCCGUACGUCUCCCCCUCCCCCGUAUAUCUCCUCCUACGUGCAUGUACUGUGUUUCUCUCAUCCCUCGUCGCGCGAUCGUUCCUCCGGUGUUGUAAAUUUCUUUCGUGACACACACACGGUCGGCAAAUACGUUGCGUCGUAAGUAAGUCAUCGGUCCGACCGGUCACAGGUACGGCUGGCGACUCGAUCCCACCGGUCGCUGAGGGGAGAGGGGGGGUUAAGGUGAAACGACAAAAUUACACGGUGUACCGCCCUCGUAUAUCUCUCUCUCGUCCCCCGAUCGCCAUUAUUAUCGGCUGUCAGCUUGAUUAAUCUAGAAGAGUUCGAUUAUUAUUGCGCUGAGGACGGAUCCUGUGUAAUCGAGAUCGUCGUCGAAACGUCACCGCGAUGCGAAGAGGCUGAGAUGAGGCGCCGCGCCAGCUUAAAACUUAUCGCGAGAAUGUGUAUUGUUGAUCAUGUGGUUUGUGCGACGGAAAGUAAUAAAGUAAUAAAUUAGUAUACUAUUUCUUUCCUAUGCGUUGAACGUUGAGGAAUUAUUGUAACUAUAUAUUACAUUAUUUAAUUUUGCAUUUAUAUACAUCUUUAUUAACUGAUUACGAAUAAAUGAGAGAAAACGAUGGGCAGACGA